AUGGCACCCCUGAAUGAUGUAUCGGCGGCUGCGAUGGAUUGUCAUCAGCCCUCGAAUGAGACUAGAACGACAUGGUCCCCCUACCACUCCUUGCCCAGUGCUGUCCUACUCACGAUAUAUAGCUACGACACGGUAUCGGAAAUUUUCAAACGGGACUUGCUCUUGAAUAAAGCAGUUCACUCCUUAUUGGUGGAUACCCUACACAUAUACGAUCUGGUCCUCGGAAAUGACAACAGGCUCAUACCGUGGCCUGAAAGGGCUGAUGCUCUCGCCGGCCCUGGUGUCACCAAAAGUGUCACCAACGAUGAUGACUUCUGGAGCAGUAGUGGCAAGGCAUUUAUGAUCGACCGUCAUCAGAAUUGCCCGGCCUGUUUAGAGCUGCCCGAGUGCGUCUGUGAUCCUGAGUACCUCAUCUAUGGCCUCUGUGACAGAAGCCUUAUCACAAGAGUUGAGAUCAACUUCUAUCGAGCUGACUACCAAGCAGGACAGCCCAUUUAUGCUCCCCGAGCUGUCCGAGUAUUCAUUCGAGAUGGUCUUGACGGUGAGUGGAAGGCCGUUACUGCCAUUAUAGAAACCAAGAACACCUCCAAGCGACUAUGCAUUCAGUGA